AUGACUUCCUCUCCUUUGAGAUCAAAAACCAGUUUCCAUGCUCGCUCCAUUAGCUUGCCCUCUAGAUCUCAUCCGCUCAUUCCUCAAUUUGAUGAUCGUUUGUGCAGAAUCAAGGCUUCUGAAGCCACAUCUUCAUCAUUGCCAUCCAUCAGCAACAGACUAAGCGGCCUUGAAGAGUUAUAUGAUUGUGUGGAUGAUUUGCUUCAAUUGCCACAGACUCAACAAGUAUUUACCCAUGAGUGCAACCAGAAAUGGGUAGAUGAAGCCUUGGCUGGUCAUCUCAGGCUCUUGGAUACGUGUGCCAUUGCUAAAGAUGUCUUCUCACAGACAAAGCAAGAUGUACAGCAACUUCUUUCAAUGUUGUGCAAAAGAUGGGAUGCAAAUGAUUUUGGUGCAUAUUUGACCUCUCAAAAGAAGGUGAAGAAGGUGAUCCAAAAGUCCCUAAAGGAUUUGAGGAGAAUCAGGAACAAUGAAAGCCUUCUAGCCUUGGACAAAGACCAUCAAACUGUGGAAAUUGUUAGCAUGUUAACUGAGGUUGAAGCUGUCACUGCAGCCGCGUUUGAGUCCUUAUUGUCCUAUGUUGCGGGGUCAAAGGUGCAAUCAAGGCCAACUACUUGGUCUUUGAUGUCUAAACUGAUGCAUCAAAAAAGUGUAUCUCAACAUGAUGAAGCAGAAAUGAACGAGUUUGAGAAGGUUGCUACUGCAUUGCACUCACUCACUGGUCACAAGACAAGCAAAUUUGAUAAUAUCAUGAAUGUUGAGAAUUUGCAAAAUCAGUUGGGGAAGAUGGACUCACUCAUUCAAGAUGCGGAAGAAAAACUAGAGUGCCUGUUCAGACGUUUAAUCAGAACCAGAGUUUCCCUCCUCAACAUUCUGAGCCAGUAG